ACCUGUCUAGCCAGACUGGAUUGCGAGUAGCCAUUAUGUCCUUCUCUUUUGUAAUCAGGCACCAGAAGAAAUAUUUGGAUCAAAUCGUGUCUAGAGCAAGGGGGCGAAGCCCUCAACUGUUGCAUGGAUUGCACUCAACUUCUGUUCCAGCAUGCCUCUUCUGUCGCGCUAGUCUCAGCCCAAGAUCCUCAGCUCUUAUUCACCAUCCACUGGCAACGGAAAAUCCACGCUCAUUUCCCUUCGGCGGUAUCGUGGACUUUUUUUCGGGAGAAUGACAACCGCCGGCAUGUUGCCCAAUCUGUUGCCCCCUCGGCCGAUUAGAGACAUGCGGAACAUGACCUCAUGACAUCCGUGCAAAUGAGCAAAUGUUGGGCUGCUAGCACUUGCGAUAAAGAUAGCAAGAUCGGUUAACGAAGCUCCGUCAUCGUUCUACAAUGCUCCAAUAGAGAGCCUGGAGAUCUUUCAGUUUCCACAAAAGCGAGCUCCUCAAGUCUACCUACCGUAGCCAUAUCUCAAACUGCGAGUCGCAUCCGUCUAUCCUGCGCGAUAUUUCAAGUAAUUCGCAAUGCCGCAUUUUCCAGUCGAGCAAAGCCGCCCAAUGACAUUGUCGCUAUCGCCUUCGGUUAUGUUCUUCUCUUGGCCUCGGUCCGGCGCAAGUUUCAGAUCGGAGGGCUCUGUAUCCACCUUUGGCUUAGCCUAGCACCAGCAAGCCACAUGCGAUGAAACGUCCCAUUUUUUUGUGGCUGUCAAAGCAUAGAACUGCGCGAAAUGACCAACGUUUGAACGUUUUUGACGGCUGAUUGACAUUCUCUGUGACAUUAUUUCUGGAGUUUUCUGGAACGUGUAU